AUGGCUGAACUUUUAUUAAAGUAUUCCAAUAUUAGUCGACAUUUUGUUCAACGUCUCAAACUUGCAUAUGGAAAGCACGGCGGGUGGGGUAAUAAUAUUUCCAACAAUGUAUACGAAAGCAUUCUUAAUUUCAAGGAGGGAUAUGGAAGCGACAACCGUAAUGAUAUGCAGUCAAUUCGUCAAAUAUUGGAAGGAACAGGAAACGAAGACGAUAUCAUAGCAAUGAUUGAAAACUAUGGUUUUGCACCGUUUCCGCCGAGUUUCACUUUCAGAACAUAUAUCUUUGAACAUCUUGCCGAAUAUAAAGAUGAGCUUCCACAAAACGUCCAAACAGUUGCUGAAAAACUAUGCGAUUUACAAUCAAUUGGAUUUUCACUGACCGACACUCUGGUUGGAAAUGCUAUUCUUCUAUUCAAAGGGAGGUUAGUCGACGUCGGGGAGAGUCUCAUUGAAAGCUUUUCUAUUGCCCGAGAAUUAUCCAAGGAAGACAUACUUGAUAUCUGCUUGAUAGAAUUGCUUAAUCCAACAAGAAAUCUUGAACAAUACGAUGCACUGGAUUAUAUCAUCAAUUUGAUUAAUGAUCCCGAAAAGCAAAUUCUCUCUGCAUUUGAAAAGUACAGUAUUGUCGAAAAUGGAAACAACCCAUUGCAUUCCCACUCUCAUAGAUUCCUUAAAUAUUCACUUGUAGUGUAUCGAUACAUGUUAAAGUUCGGUGCACAGUCUCCAGUUGUUAGAUACUUGAUGAAAGAAAUUAUAGUUGUCCAUACACAGCUUACCAAUAUGGAAAAUGUAGACAAAUUAAGAGAUGCAGAUACUAUCCUCGACGAAUACUAUACUGCAAAUGUACCUUUCGAACAAUCGCUUUUUUCGCUCUUCAAAGAAUGCUCGCGUACAAAACCAAUCAGCUAUUUAUUUGAAAGAUAUCUACCAACGCUGUUCGGAUUUGAAGUCCAACAUCAAUCGUUUAUGAUAUCCAAAAUCCCAGAAGUAGAUGCACUUAUGUCACCCACGCAGACGGAAGAAUUGAAGAAACUUUGGUUGGAUGACAUUCAAAAAUGUGUUAAAUCAGAAGAAUUAGUAAACGACGAAUUUAGAAAACAGAUUACUGAGUUUUUUACACUUUACGAUUUGUCACAUAGCAGUUUUGAUCAUUAUGAGCAGCUUUAUGAAGUUUAUUGGUAG